ACAAUCCCACUGACACACUGCUGUAGUCGUACUACACUUCUUCAUUUCUGCGUCCCUGUGGUACCUGCGGCGCCGAUGGACUCGCCGGCGCCCCCCGGCAUGUCUCUGGUGUCCCUCCUGUCCCUGUUGGCCUGCAGCUUCCAGCUGCUGGCCGCUGUGCUGCUCACGCGCAGGUACGGUGGGCGGAGCUCUGCGGCGGACAGGUGGGUGCUGCUGUGGCUCUUCUACGACGUCAUCGUCCACCUGACGCUGGAAGGACCCUUUGUUUACAUGUCUCUGGGUGGAACAGUGGAGACGUCUGAAGGCCCUCUGGCUGAACUCUGGAAGGAGUACAGUAAAGCCGACAGCCGCUGGUUAGUUUCUGAUCCGACAAUCGUGUCCAUUGAGAUUCUGACUGUGGUCCUCGACUCUCUGCUGGGAAUUCUGCUGAUACAUGCAGUGCUGCAUGACAAAUACUACAGACACUUCCUGCAGAUCACGCUGAGCGUGUGCGAGCUGUACGGCGGCUGGAUGACCUUCUGUCCCGACUGGCUGAUGGGCAGCCCGCAUCUGAACACGUCCAGCUGGCUCUACUUGUGGGUCUACCUGGUCUUCUUUAACGGAGUCUGGGUCCUGGUGCCGGUCCUGCUGCUGGUCCAGUCCUGGCUCGGCCUCCGCAGCGUCCAUGAGCUCAGAGCGCCGGACAGGAAAAGGCUGUAGAGACGCUCGUUUACCUCGCGUGAGGCUCCAGGCAGGAUCAGUGCAGCUUCAAACGACACCAUCAGACCCGAGUCCACACGGUCUUUAUUUCUCAUUAAAACCUCGUCCUACACCAGCACCA